ACAGGCACCGGCAGAAGUGGAGGCAAAAUGAGGACACUUUGGAUACCGCUGUCAUCUUGUUUACUGUAGUUAACGUUCUCAGACUUUUGAAUCGCGGCUGCAGAUAUACAAGAUAUAGUUGUAUUUCAGUCGGUUGCUCUGGUCGUGUAGUAUUUUAUCCGUUAAAUCUGUUAUCCGGUCGAUUCUGUACUUGGCUAACGACAGGAGUUGGACGCGCACCAAAGCAGCUAGCCUCUGCUAAAUCAUGCCUCCCAUCGAGAAUGACACCGGUCGGGCAGAACUUAAAACCCGAAUACAACAGCUGAUCGACUCCAACCCAGUGUUGGUGUUCAGCAAAAGUUACUGUCCUUUUUGUGUCAAGGUGAAGGAUCUCUUCAAAGAACUCAAUGUGAAGUGUAAUGCCAUCGAGCUUGACCUUAUGGAGGAUGGCUCCAACUACCAGGAUGUCCUGCAGGAGAUGACGGGCCAGAAGACGGUCCCCAACGUCUUCAUCAACAAGACCCACGUAGGAGGCUGCGACAAAACCUUGCAGGCCCACCGAGACGGCCUUCUACAGCAGCUGCUGAACGGUGAGAACGAGACGUAUGACUACGACCUGAUCGUCAUCGGCGGAGGCUCCGGGGGCCUGGCCUGCUCCAAGGAAGCGGCGGCACUGGGCAAGAAGGUGAUGGUUCUGGACUACGUUGUGCCCACGCCGCUGGGUACCACAUGGGGUCUGGGUGGCACCUGUGUGAAUGUGGGCUGCAUCCCCAAGAAGCUGAUGCACCAGACUGCCCUGCUGGGUACCGCUAUGCAGGACGCCCGCAAGUUCGGCUGGGAGUUCGACGAAGCCGUCAAGCAUAACUGGGAGACCAUGAAGUCGGCGGUGAACAACUACAUCGGCUCCCUGAACUGGGGUUACAGGGUAGCCCUCAGAGACAAGAGUGUCAACUACGUCAACUCCUAUGCGGAGUUCGUCGAACCCCACAAAAUCAAGGCCACUAACAAGCGCGGCAAGGAGACCUUCCACACGGCCGCCCGCUUCGUCAUGGCCACAGGGGAGAGGCCUCGUUACCUGGGCAUCCCUGGGGACAAGGAGUACUGCAUCACCAGCGAUGACCUGUUCUCGUUGUCCCACUGUCCGGGUAAGACCCUGGUGAUCGGGGCAUCCUACGUGGCACUGGAGUGCGGGGGUUUCCUGGCUGGGCUGGGCCUGGACGUGACCGUGAUGGUACGCUCCAUCCUACUGCGCGGCUUCGACCAGGACAUGGCCAACCGCGCCGGGGAACACAUGGAGGAGCAUGGGGUCAAAUUCCUACGCAAGUUCGUCCCCGUCAAGGUGGAGGAGCUGGAGAAGGGCACGCCGGGUCGACUGAAGGUCACGGCCAAGUCUACUGAGGGCGAUGAGAUGUUCGAGGGCGAGUUCAACACCGUGCUUAUCGCUGUUGGUCGUGAUGCCUGCACGAACAAGAUCGGCCUCGACAAGGCUGGAGUGAAAGUAAAUCCAAAGAACGGGAAGGUUCCGGUGAAUGACGAGGAGCAGACUAACGUGCCUCACAUCUACGCCAUCGGGGACAUCCUGGAGGGCAAGUGGGAGCUCACGCCCGUCGCCAUCCAGGCCGGCAGGCUGCUGGCACGCAGGCUCUACGCCGGGGGCACGCUCAAGUGUGACUACGUGAAUGUGCCCACCACGGUGUUCACCCCUCUGGAGUACGGCUGCUGUGGCCUGUCAGAGGAGAAGGCCCUGGAGCUGUACGGAGCCGAAAACAUAGAGGUAUACCACAGCUUGUUCUGGCCCCUGGAGUUCACAGUACCCAACAGGGACAACAACAAAUGCUACUCCAAGAUCAUCUGCAAUAAACUGGACAACGAGCGUGUGGUGGGCUUCCACUACCUGGGUCCAAACGCCGGCGAGGUCACUCAGGGCUUUGGAACGGCCAUGAAGUGCGGCGUGACCAAAGACCAGCUGGACAACACGAUCGGCAUCCACCCCACCUGCGCCGAGGUCUUCACCACGUUGGAUGUGUCUAAGAGCUCGGGCGGUGACAUCACCCAAGCCGGUUGCUGAGGUUAAACCCUGCUAGUUUAACGAGCUGCUCCUCUGGCUUUUAGAUCAGCCUCCCUCGUAACACACACACUUUUUCUCUCUCGCACACACGCACACACUCGCUCACACACACACGGCUCAGCUAGGCCCUCCUCACCCAUAACUGCCCCUCAAUGGAGUGUUGGGGGGGAGGGGUCUGCCUUUUAGAUCUGAAGUGGCCAGGUCAACGCGGCCAUUUUUGGGUCCGUUCCGGGCUCUCUGCAAACCGAACCAUCCCUGGUCUGUCCAUUCACAGCUCAGCUGGUGCUGUGUGAGGAUGACUGGGAUAGGUAGCGGUGAGUGGAGAGGAUCCAGACGGACUCAAUUUGGUCUGGGUGGACCUGGUGUUAAACUCCCCUCCCUAGGUGGGUCUGAAGGGGUGGCCUGGCUGAAAGGUGUGAGAAGUGGUGGGUGGGUGGUUGGGUUUUGUGAUGGGUGGUGUUAUUGUUUAUGAGGGGCAGCUCGUUGAACAGCGGGGUUACUCUGCUACUGCAAAAAAAAAUCCUCUGGCUCGUUCUCAGAUUUGUGACGGUGCUCUACUCUACUCUCUCUUGUGGAGCGCCGACACUUCAUGACGUCUUGGCCCUUAACCCAGUCACUGCGGUGGGCUAGAACCGAUAUUCCUUCUGAGUCGGGAUUACAGAGGUCACUUUACGUCCAAUUCUACACACACACACACACACACACACACACUUACAACCACACACGCACAGAUUCCAAACGUAACACAGCAUCACAUAUCCUCCACACACUUGUGCAUUUUUGUUUGCAGAUCUUUGGUCCCGCACUGCACCAUAGGGUCCAAGCUAGCUACGUACAUGUACUGGGCCAGAGUCUGGCAUCUGAAAACCUGAGGCCAUUCAUUUCAUCAUUUGUGACUGUAGGCUCUAGAUUACUGGGUGGUCUUCAAAGAACAUGUUAAAGUGAUGCAUUUGGUUAGUUUAACCUACAGGAAGUGGUGCACCUAAUACAGUAUAUAGCCCACAGGUGUCAUUCAGUUAGGGGUUGCAGGUAUGACAUCACGUUGGGGGAACUGCCCCAGGAUUCUAAGGUUCUACAUAGACUCCUAUGAGCCUGCGGAACCCCCAACGUGAUGUCAUAAUAGUACAUUUUCUUAAAAUGGUUAACCUGCAACCCCACCUUUUUUAAGAAAUGUGGACUCAAGGCUCUUCUAUUAGAUGAUUUACCACUGCCUCAAGGUUAAUCUCAUCUGGUUUUACUACUGAGCCAGGUUCUUGCAAUACCCACCAGGUAGUGUUUGAAACCUCCACUCUGCGCAAGCUGUUAAAUUAAUCAUGUGUUGGGUUUCGUUGGCCUACAGCCUCUUGCAUGUGUAACGUUUCAUCGGGCAGGCGGGUUCACAUCAGCUUUUUUUUCUCCACCUUCAACCAAAAUCUGUCAACCAAAAGAUGCAUAUUGGACCGCAGUAAAAUCAGGACAUUACACAAACGCACACGGCACACUCAAGACAUAAACACACUUUUAUUUUCAUAUUUUUCAUUCAAAAUCUCCCUGUACUUUGCCGCUUCGCAACGCACUUAGAUAUGUCUAUAAGAUAUAUUUAUAUAUGAGUAUGUGGUAAUGAAACAUGAAUUAAAACAUGAAUAUUUGUGUUUUGAUGGGGCAUAAAAAGGAAAACAAACACUUUUAUGAUCGCAUUCUCCUUAUGGUUUAAAACAAAAGCAUAUACCUGUUUGUAUCUGUUUAUUUGCCUCUGGCCUGUGUGUUUGUAUGAUCUAUGAUGUAUCUGAUCUUGUAGCUCUUCUGAUUGUUAAAGGACAGUAUUUAAAGAGGUAAAAAUGUUCUGCUGACGUAUGUGCAGUCAAUCGGCAAUAGUGCCAGUCAAAUGUACAAAGGAGCUUUUCCAUGACAUCACUGUUCUCAACGUAAUUCUCUCUUAAUAAAAGUUAUGUACACAA